AUGAAAAAGAACGAUCCCAAUGAAAUUCUUAGAUAUAUUGUAAAUGAAGAAGGUGAUAGUUAUCCACAGGAAGACAUGACGUCAGUUGAAGAUUUUCGGGCGUAUUAUCUCACGCAUGAUGUUUACGUCUGCUACGAUAAACAGACGCAGGAAGUUCUUGGUGCGUUUUAUAUCAAACCAAAUUUUCCGGGCAGGUGCUCUCAUAACUGUAACGCGGGAUUCAUCGUAAAGAAGUCCGCAAGAGGACGUGGUGUAGGCUCAUUUAUGGUAGAAAACUAUUUAAAAAUUGCACGUGAUCUAGGAUAUAGAGCUAGCUUUUUUAAUUUAGUAUUUGUUACAAAUGAGACGUCUGUGAAAAUGUGGCGUAAAUUUGGAUUCACGGAGAUUGGACGGGUGCCAAAUGCUGGAAACUUAAAAGGCAGGGGUUAUACGGACGCCAUUCAGUUCCAUUAUGAUCUUACAAAGUAAAAGACCAGUAAUAAAGUGAAUCAUCACUAGUAAGAACUUUCAAAUGCUACAAUGAAUGUUUUGCCACAGAAAAAAAAAACAUACAC